CCCGGGAGCCCCCGCACCUUUCCCAGCUCCCGCGGGCAGGAUCCCGGGGCCCCCGCGGUGCACCUGCUUGCGAGAAAGAGGGAAAAGCAACCAGAAACCAGACGCAGGAAAGCCCCCAGCCUCGCCUCCCUCCCUGGCUCGGGGCUCCUGCCUCUCCGGGGCUCUUGGCGAGCGGCUAACUUUUCCGGGGAGAAGAGUGGCAGCUCCGGGCCGGCCCGGCCUCCCCCGCCGGCCCCUCCGCCUGAUGUGCCCGGCUCCGGCGGGCCCCGCGCUGAGAGUCUGAGGCGUGCCCACGAGCGCCCACACGCCAUGUCGCAGCUGCUGCACAUCAAGAUCCCCAACUUCGGGAACACGGUGCUGGGCUGCCUCAACGAGCAGCGCCUGCUGGGCCUCUACUGCGAUGUGUCCAUCGUGGUCAAGGGCCAGGCCUUCAAGGCCCACCGGGCGGUGCUGGCGGCCAGCAGCCUCUACUUCCGCGACCUGUUCAGCGGCAACAGCAAGAGCGCGUUCGAGCUGCCCGGCUCGGUGCCGCCCGCCUGCUUCCAGCAGAUCCUGUCCUUCUGCUACACGGGCAAGCUGACCAUGGCGGCCAGCGAGCAGCUCGUGGUCAUGUACACGGCUGGCUUCCUGCAGAUCCAGCACAUCGUGGAGCGUGGCACUGACCUCAUGUUCAAGGUGAGCUCGCCCCACUGCGACUCGCAGACCGCUAUGGUGGAGGACGCCAGCUCCGAGCCGCACAGCCCCUGCCACCAGCUGCAGCCGCCCGCCGCCGCCACCGCCCCCUACGGCGUGUCCCCCUCCGUGCCCAUCCCCCUGCUGACCCGCGUGAAGCACGAGGCUGUGGAGUUGCCACUGGCCGCCGGCCCGGGGCUGCUGCCCAAGCGCCCGCUGGAGGCAGGUCCCCGGGAUGUCCUGGCGGCGGGCACGGCGGGGGCGGCCGGUGCGGCCCCCCUCAAGCUGCCCCGGGUCGCCUACUAUGGGGUGCCCAGCCUCGCCAGCCUCAUCCCUGGCAUCCAGCCGGCGCCCUACUCCCAGGGGGAGAGGACCAGCCCAGGCGCCAGCAGCCUGCCCACCACCGACAGCCCCACCUCGUACCACAACGAGGAGGACGAGGAGGAUGACGAGGCCUACGACACGAUGGUGGAGGACCAGUAUGGCCAGAUGUACAUCAAGGCCAGCGGCGGCUACGCAGUGCAAGAGAAGCCAGAGCCCGUGCCGCUGGAAAGCCGCUCCUGCGUCCUCAUCCGCCGCGACCUCGUGGCCCUGCCCGCCAGCCUCAUCAGCCAGAUCGGGUACCGCUGCCACCCCAAGCUCUACUCGGAGGGGGACCCGGGCGAGAAGCUGGAGCUGGUGGCAGGCUCCGGCGUCUACAUCACGCGGGGCCAGCUCAUGAACUGCCACCUGUGCGCGGGGGUGAAGCACAAGGUCCUGCUGCGGAGGCUUCUGGCCACGUUCUUCGACAGGAACACGCUGGCCAACAGCUGUGGCACCGGCAUCCGCUCCUCCAGCAGUGACCCCAGCCGCAAGCCACUGGACAGCCGGAUCCUGAACGCUGUGAAACUGUACUGUCAGAACUUCGCCCCCAGCUUCAAGGAGAGCGAGAUGAAUGUGAUCGCGGCCGACAUGUGCACCAACGCCCGCCGUGUGCGCAAGCGCUGGCUGCCCAAGAUCAAGUCCAUGCUGCCCGAGGGCGUGGAGAUGUACCGCACGGUCAUGGGCGCCGUGGCCACCGGCGCGCCCCUUGACCCCGAGUUCCAGCCGGCCGCCGCGCAGGUCUUCGAGCAGCGCCUGUUUGUCGAGCGCCGGGGCGACGCGGCCCUCGCGGCCCUGCGGACGGACGCGGUGAGCGCGGAGCUGGCCGCCGCCAACCCCGCCUUCGAGGCCGGCGAGGAGGCCGACGGGGCCGGCUCGGUCAUCCAGGAGGCAGCCGCGCCCGAGCUGCUGCCCACCGACGGCCAGAGCCCGGCCCGGCCCUUCGAGCAGGGCAGCGCUAGCCCCAGCAGGCCCGGGACGCCGGCGGCCAGGAGGCAGGACGGCGCCCACGCGGGGACCUCGUAAGGGGCAGGCGGGGCCGGGUGGGGGCGCGCACCACCGCUGCUUGCAUGAUACUAACCCAGUGUGACCCAGCCACUCACGCACUGAACUGCUACUGUUGCCUGGAAAAAAUGUGAUUUUUAUCCUGCUUGUAUUUAAAAUCUAUGAAGGAAACCAUUGCAUUCGUAUACUGUAAACGAUGAGGCCCCUGGCGGCCUGGGAGCAAGAAGGCCCAGGGCUCCCUUGGGUGUCCCCAGGUCAGUCUCCGAGUGUAGCGUUCCCGCCCGCCCGGUCCCCUCCUCACCCACCCUUCCUGACCCUCUGCCCAGAAGCCGAGGCGUGGGGGGCACCGUCACGGCCGCUGUCUCCUCGCCCCGGGGGCCCCUCACUCCUCUGCAAUGAGGGGACAGGGCAGGGCCCCCGGGGGCCGGACUCCUCUUGUGUGUCCUUCCUGAGACUCUGGGGGUCAGGCCCUGCCAGGUCCACACGCAUGUCUGUGUGUGUGCACGUGUGCACACGUGUGGAGGGAGCAGUGUACUUGGCAUGAUAGGGUGGUUUUGCUGGUUGCCCAUUGGGGAGAAAGGGUCUUGGGCUGGACCUGGUGCCCCCCGGCCCAGCUCCACAGCUCCUCGUCCACCUGGAGCCCUGCCCGAGCCCCUGCCUCCUGGCCCCUUGGGGUUUUGAGAUCUGUUUCGGGUCUGGUCUGGAAAGUUGCAGGGCCAAAGGACAGACGUUUGGGUAGGCCUGGUGGUCUGGCAGUCGGGGUGCUUUCCCUUGUGCCCCCACCUGGCAGUGCCGGCAGCGGGGAGGUGGGGGAGCUCGGGCUGGCUCCUGGGGAGGAGGGUGCUGUGGGGCAGGAGGCUGGAGCCCGGCACCCCUUGGUGCGGGGCCCCCCCACCUCGGGAUCCCGCAUCCCUGCCGGUGCCUGGGGUGGGAGGCAGGUGGCAGGUGUGUCCCGGGCCUGGUGUGGAGCUGCUCAGGUGGAGCUGGCUGAGGCCCGGGGGUCUCCCCUGAUGCCCCAGGAAGGGAGGGCCCACGGCAGAUGGCUGUGUGCUGCUGCAGUGCUUGCUGGGACACUCGUUACCCCGUGUCCCCACAGCUCCCCAGGCCUGGCCAGUGGCCACCCCUCCCGUUCCCAGACCGUUGGGGGUCCAUCUCUGACCACCAGUGGCAGAGUCACGCGACCCCAGCGAGCGGGAGGCCCUGGGUCCCUCGGUCCGUCCAUCAGUCUCUCCUCUCUCCCCUCCCCCCACGGGGGGCAAGCGCGGCCCUGGGCUCCCCCACCGCUCCCCUGAUGUCCAGAAACCUGAAGGCCCCUCCCCUUAACCAGAGGCCCAGGGGCUCCCGGGCUGGGGGCGGCUCUGCAGCUACUUCAUUCCCGCUGGGGGGCUCCCAGCCAGAUGGACUGAGCACCACCUCCUGGCCCCUCCAGCCAGGCCCCCCAUUUGCCUGCCCUCCAGAAGGGUCUGAUAGCUUCCGGGAGGGUUCAGUGACCUCCGGGGCCAGGCACUGUGGGUCUGGGCACUGAGUCUUCCUGGAGCUGCAGGGGGCUUGGAUGUGUUCAGGCCGCCCCUGCCCCUCCGGCCGAGCCAUGGGGCAAAGGUGAGGCUGAGCACACCCAGCCCCUCUCGGGGUCUCCCUGCACCUGCUCCCGCUCCCCCCACCCCCAAAUUUGCACUUUAAUUUGACCAUCACCAGGGACCUUCAGGAGACAGCUCGUGGUCCUGGCUGUCUGCAGAGGGGCUCAUCGCUCUCUCCGCCCCGCUCCAAAGUAGACAUGGCCCCCGCUGCCCGUGGCCACCCGGAGAAGGCCCGAGCACCGCACAGGCCUGCACAUUGCCCCCCGGCCACGACCUCUGUCCCCCAGUCGUGUCUACUCGCCGUCUGUUUCGUUGUUCUGGGUAAGGAAGGCAAAAGCUAUAGGGAAAUCUUUAAAGAUAAUAAUAAUAAUUAAAUGUGAAUAGGUCCUGAGCUCUCCCGUGUCCCGGGCGUGCCGGGCCGAGCGAUUUGCACUACCGCGGCCACGGGCCGUGAGCGCUGGCAGACGUGUGUGGCUGGUGAUUGUACCUGGGGGGGCAGGUGCCCUCUCCAUCCUGAAUGUACCGCGGGCGAGCGGCGGAGGCGGCGGGGGCCUGGGCUCCGAGGAACCUUCCAGAGUGCCUUAGCAUCUUUUGAUCAUUUUUUCCCAAGGAAAACCAAUUUAGAGAACCAGACCCCCCCCCUCCUUUGUUUACAAGACGACUGAUUCCAGAACGGGGCUCCUCUGCCCUGAGUGUGACCCUGUAGCCUAAGAGAUGAGACGCUCAGUAUUUAUGACAUGUCUGCAACCUAAUUCCUAAGCUUGACUAUUAGCAAUAUGCAUAUACUACGUAGAGUCUUCUAGAGCUAAGCUGUAGCGCGCUUUUGCGAGGAGAAGGAAGGGCCCGGCCCGCAGGACCCGCAGCCGGGCCAUGGGUCUGGGUCCAGCGAAGGGACCCGGGGCGGGACGGCUGCUGGGAGCCCACCUGGCCGGCGCGCCUGGUACUUGAAUUCUGCCUUGUUUUCUGCACUGUCCGGGCUCGUCCCCGAGUUCCCUGUGGUUGCCUAACUGCAUUGGAUGUUAUUGUUUUAUUUUGCCCUGAAUGUGGACGGGGGAGUGGGGACGUCCCGGGUGACCGAGGAGGGCAUGCCCGGGCCGAGCCGCCUUGUUUUUGUCCUCCCUGAAAGCUCCUUCUUUGGGUUUGUGGUUAGAGCUGGGAGGACGCCGCUGUCGUGGGGUCAGGCACCGGGCUGGGGGCCGACGCAGCCUCGUCCCUUCUGUGGGAUCAGCCGAUCCUGCCCAGCCCGUUUCACAGGAGCCGACACGCCCAGAACCUUCUGGCUGUGCCCUUCAGCCCUGGCCCUGAGACGGGAGGGAAAUCCUCUGGGCGGCAGGGAGGGUGAUGGCUGGCUUAGCUCGAAGUAGUUGCAGGCGGCCACUGCCGCACAAACUGGUCAUCGUGUCAGCCAGCCGGCUCCAGGGCGCACGGCACCCAGGGGUGGUGAGGGCGAGGUACAGAGGUUUCUGAAAUGGCAAAGGUUUGUUGUCCGUUUGUUCUGUUUUGUUUUGUUUUGGAAAAAAAGGAAAGGAAAACAAUGCAAAAUGGAAAGCAUUCAAACUGGCCCACCUGCCUGCGCGCUGACCGCUCGCGCCCAUCGUUAGCGUUUGCACACGACUGUGAUUUCUAUGUCAAGAGAAGCCAAAACUCGCAAUACUAUUUUUAGCAGACAAAAAAAACGAAAAAGAACUAAGUAUAAAUGUAUAAAUAUUUUUGACUUGAACAUUUGGAUGACAUUUGAUGCAAAUAGAGUAUUAAUCCUCGGACAGGAUGUUUUGGAAGAAGGACUUACGGAGGAGACGAUAGUUUUGGAGAGUGUUUAGGGGAUAAAAUAGUACUGUAACUCAUGACUGUUAACAAAUAAAUACAUACAAUGACACGAGUUGUCCCUGUGCUGUCAGGAAGGGCCUGCAGUGCCACUAAGUUAGGUCUCAGCCACGAAAGAUGCUAGCUUUUUUUUUUUCUUUUAUCUCUUUGUAAGAAGGGGUUUCCCCAGUCCUUGGGUUCCCCGGGCCCCUCACUCCCGUUUCCUUUUAUGUGCUAUUACUAGGUAGAGUCAAGACUGUUACUUUUUAGCCAUGGCUGACAUUGUAUCAAUAACUAAACACCAGAAACCUCCGCCGAUGACCAGGAAAACCCGAGGGCUCCAAGUGUGUUCAGAGCCGGUGCACGCGGUGGAAAUCAUCACCAACAAAAAAGGAUGUGGUCGCUAACUGUAAAGUGCUUUGUAAAAUUCACAUUUACAAAAUAAUAAAGUCAGUUCAAACCGAA